GCACGUGACUGUGGAUCAAUGUUACGCGACCUCAAUUCGUGUCUUAGAUCGUCACUUGUUCUUACACUUCUACAUCCUCAUCGUGUCGUCGAGGACGUCGAGCAUAACCACGGCGAAUAGCCAAGUACAUAUCGCUUUAAACAUGAGCGAAGGCACAAACGACUGGAUUGUCGCUGAUAGCGAGGACGAAGACGGCUUCCAGCCACUUGUAGUUGCCGACCAGAGCGUCCUCUUGAGCGGGAGCCCAGUUUCUACAAAGAUUUCACAGGCAUCAGUCAUUCAGACCGCCUCAUUGAUUUCCAGUCCAGCGCGGACCCCCCGACGAGCACACAAUUCCCUUGACAUAAGUAAUGUGUCUCUGUUUACGCCACCUCCCGGGUACCAAGAUUCCGACCCACCAAACGCUUCCCCAUCACUUCCCCGAGACGCGGAAACGUUUGUACCCAAGUCAAAGCCACGUCCGCGACCUGUGCCGCGAAAGUCACGAACUACGAACACCAUAUAUGACGACUUCGUCAACGAAGAUGCGUCCCGUGCCUCUGGUUCACUCAUUAUUUCUGCAUCUGCAAUUACAGCUAGUACCUUGGCUCCAGAUAGUAUCCGCGCUCCGACUACACCUUCUAUCGUUUCAGAACAUAUCGAAGACGUCAAUCACACAUUUAGCAUUGCCGACCGAGCUAAGACGCGCUCUCGGAAAACUCAGGCAAAGAAGCCGACUUACGUCCCUGUCGCCCAUGAUGUCAUUGAGCUGACGUCCGACUCCGACCUCGAUGAACUAUCCCUCAAGCCUCCAUGGAAGCGGCACAAGUCCCAAGACAAGCCCGUCAAACCGAAGCCGAAACCGAAACCGAAAACAAAACCGCCAAAGGCUAAAUCUAAAUCACCUUCACCUAAGCUUGCCGGACGAGCCAUGACCGAUACUCAGUCGAACGACGUUGUCGUCCUUCCCGUAUACCAGGAACUAGCGCUUCCAUCCCAUCUGCCUUCUACGGCAUCGCACCUUCCGUCUUCUCUUCCGCCUUUACCCGACUUGUCCUCUUCCCCUCCCUCUUCUCCACCUGUGAUGGCUCGCAAGCGGAAGAGGGCUCUCCCGCUUGAGCCCGACGUCCAGGGGGAGGAGAUGGAUCUAGACAUCCCCCACGGUCCGUCGUCUUUGAUUAAAGAUCCUCCUCUAUUCUUUGCACAAUCAUCGCCCGUUGUCCCUCCAAUCGAUGACUCGCACCCUCUUGAAGAAGAAAAAGGGGACACUGUCGUUAUCGCUACUGGGGGCAAGGGUAAGAAAAAAGACACAAAGUUGUCUACUCGGGCAAAGGGGAAGAAAAAAGAUCGGAAGCAGGCUGACGAAGUCGAGCUCGACGAUCUUGUGCACAAGUCCUCUCUGGAUGAAGCAGCUGCAGGUAAUGAUGGUCUCGCGGCGGACGAUUUCGUUGCGGAGGUCCCGAAAGCUACUUCCAAGAAGAAGGCACCAUCGAAGCCAAAGCCCGCUACAAAAAACAAAUCGAAACCAAAGGGCAAAGGCAAAACGAUUCUCUCGGAGAGUGAGAAUGAGGAUGACGACCCUCCUCGUGCGAAGUCACCUCGUCAAUGCAGCCAUGUGCCUGAGAACGAACUCGAAGAAUCUCGAGGUGGCAACUCCACGAAGGAUUCUCGAACGAUUGAAGACUCUGCAACAACCAAGAAGAAUUCACCACAAAGUGUAGCUGCCCCGCCCAAGCAGGCUCCAUCCACCGGUCUGAAGUCACGCACAUUCACCAUCAAAUCCAAGUCAACCCCAAUGUCGGAGCUCAUCCGACGCGUCAACUCGCAACCAAAUUCCCCAUUCGCAAAUGGCCCUUCCUACUCGCCAUUGAUGAAAUCCUCGCGAACGAUGCUUUCUCGCAUCGCACCGCUCCACCCCAACCGACGAACCCCUCCGCCACCCUUACCGAGACCGCCCCCGCCGAAGAAGAGCAAGAAGCAGAUCGAGAUGGAGGAGCGUAUCGAGGAGGAGUUAUUAGAGACAGUGGAGGGGUGGUCGUGUAUGACUGACGAAGAGAGGAGGAACUUGCGAAGAGCACGAAUUGAUGCUGAGUUGGGUUAUGAAUGAGUCGGAUAUUC